AUGAAGCUAACUGUAAUAAGACGCUAUAUGAGUAGCGUACGCGCUAUACCCAGGGUGAAAGAUUUCGUCGAUUUAUGUAUUAUUGGUGCCGGACCAGCUGGAUUAACUGCUGCUAUUAAGUUCAAGCAAUUAGACAAAGAAAACAAAUAUCGUGUGGUAGUGCUUGAAAAAGCAGGAGAUCUAGGAUCUCACACUUUGUCAGGUAUGAUCUUGGAACCUCGUGCGAUGAUGGAAUUAUUCCCAAAUUUUAAGCAAGAGUGUCUUGAAAAUAAGAAAGAAAAUGGUGUUAUAUUGGAUCCUGUUAAUGGGGACGAAUUCAAACUAUUGACUGCGAACGGGUCAAUACCUUUACCUCUAACGCCAGGGUUAACCAAUAAAGGGAAAAACUAUGUUGGUUCCUUAAGUACCGUGGUGAGAUGGCUUGGAGAAAAAGCAGAAGAACUUGGUGUAGAGCUUUACACUGGUGUCAGUGUGUCUGAUAUCAUAUACAAUAAGAAUAAAGAUGGUGUCAUUGGUGUCGCUACAAAGGAUUUAGGGAUUGAUAAGAAUGGGAAACAAAAGGAUUCUUUUGAAAGAGGAUUAGAAUUCCAUUCUAAACAAAUAGUAUUAGCGGAAGGCUGUCAUGGUUCUAUUACAAAGCAAAUCUUAAAGAAAUUUAAUCUACGACAAGGAAGAGGUAACCAAUCGUAUGGGUUAGGCCUUAAGGAAGUUUGGGAAGUGAAACCCGAGAAUUUCAAAAAGGGAAUGGUAGCACACACGAUGGGUUAUCCACUCUCCAAGGACCUAUAUGGGGGUGGUUUCCAAUAUCAUUUCGGAGAAAAUCUAGUCAGUGUUGGUUUAGUGAUUGGUCUAGACUAUGAGGACCCAUAUGUUUCUCCAUAUCAGGAAUUCCAAAAAUUAAAACAUCAUCCAUUUUACAGUAACGUCUUAAAGGAUGGUAAAUGUAUUGCAUAUGGUGCUCGUGCACUAAAUGAGGGUGGUAUUCAGGCUAUUCCAAAAUUAAAUUUCCCAGGUGGUGUUAUCAUCGGUGCAUCUGCAGGUUUUAUGAAUGUCCCUAAGAUUAAAGGUACGCAUACAGCUAUGAAGAGCGCAAUGAUUGCUGCUGAGAGUUGUUAUGAUGAGAUCACUAAAUUACCAUCCUUUGAAAGUGUUCUUGAGGAGAAAGGCGAAGAAAAUGUGGAUAUAUCAGAAGAACCUUUAUUAAAUAUUGAAUCUUAUGAGAACUCAUUAAAAAGAUCCUGGGUAUACGAUGAAUUGUACGAAGUGCGUAAUAUCAGACCAUCUUUUAAUACGAAAGCUGGAUUGUUCGGUGGUAUGAUGUACUCUGGUAUCGACACUUUACUGUUAAAGGGUAAAGCUCCUUGGACCUUUAAAUUCGGCCACAGUGAUUCUAGUGUAACCAAACCAGCUAAGGACUUUCAACCAAAAAAUUAUCCAAAGCCAGAUGGUGUGUUAUCUUUUGAUAUACUAACAUCAGUAUCGAGAACAGGCACUUUCCAUGAUGAUAACGAAGAAUGCCAUCUACGUAUCGGUAAGGAUCAAGACCUGGAUAAAUUUACGGAUGAGUCAUUUCCUGUAUAUAAAGGUAUAGAAGAGAGAUUCUGUCCCGCAGGUGUCUAUGAGUUCGUUAAGGACGAAUCUUCGAAAUACGGUGUAAAGUUUAAGAUUAACUCCCAAAAUUGUAUCCAUUGCAAAACAUGUGAUAUCAAGUCUCCAAAUCAAAAAAUUAAUUGGACUGUACCUGAAGGUGGUGACGGUCCAAAGUAUACUAUAACUUAG